GUUGUUUGAGUAUUUUUACUAAUUUGAGUAUUUCAAACUAGUGUGUUUCUACUCAAACUGAGAGAGUGAUAAUUUCCUCCAUUGGUGAUUGGUAUUUUGUGUAUGGCAGGAAUUCAAACUACAACUCCCAGUUAUCCAAAGUUGACAAUACCCAGCAACCAGCACGGCUUUAACGUGCUGAGGCAAGAUGGCGACUAAAACAAGCAAAGACGGUCCUCCUCCCUUUGAUUGUCCAUCAUGGGCUGGAAAACCGCCCACGGGGCUUCAUCUUGACGUGAUGAAGGGGGACAAACUGAUAGAGAAGCUGAUUAUAGAUGAAAAGAAGUACUACCUGUUUGGAAGGAACCCAGACUGGUGUGACUUCACCAUUGACCAUCAGUCAUGCUCACGUGUUCACGCCGCCUUAAUCUACCACAAACACCUAAAAAGGGUCUUUCUUAUAGACCUCAAUAGCACACAUGGUACUUUCCUUGGACACAUUCGGCUUGAGGCCCACAAACCCCAACAGGUUCCCAUAGACUCCACGUUAUCUUUUGGGGCAUCUACAAGAACUUACAUUAUCAGAGAGAAGCCCCAAACCCAAGGCAGCACUGGCACCGGCGACAGCAAGACGGGAGACGAUGAAGAGCUGAAGGGACUACUUGGACUUCCAGAGGAGGAGACAGAGCUGGAUAACUUGACAGAGUUUAACACAGCUCACAACAAGCGCAUCUCCCUACUGACCAUCGAGGAGGGCAACCUGGAAAUCCAGAGGCCUAAGAGGAAACGCAGAAACUCAAGAGUAACCUUCAGUGAAGAGGACUCCAUCAUUAACCCAGAGGAUAUUGACCCCUCCGUUGGGCGCUUUAGAAAUAUGGUGCAGACUGCUGUCGUUCCCAUCAAGAAACGGAGAUCAGAAAGCCAAAACACUCUGGGCCUGGAAGACCUGACUUCAAAGCGCAUCCAUGGCUACAGCUUGGGUGGAGGUCUCUAUGGGGACUUGCCUCCCACCAGUCACGAAAACCAGCCGACAGGAGCCCCAGGUGGUGCUGCUAUGCAGGGAGGGCUGCCCCUGCCGUUCCCUAACCCAGCACCCGAGGUAGACCUGGCCCCAGAAGCCCCCCAGCCCCCUGUCACUCUCAACCCCACACCCGUAACAGCCCCCUACUUACCAGAGACCCACAACGAGCCUCGCAAAAAGAAGUACGCCAAAGAAGCAUGGCCAGGCAAGAAACCCACCCUCUCACUACUCAUCUAAGCCGCGUAGUGGCGCUGCUGACUUGGCACGGCAGCAGACACAUCAGGGACUGUGGCCUGGCAGAGGGGGAGACGUUCAGAUUUAAGGCUUUUUUCAAAAUGUUUUCAUUUGUUAUGUUAGUUUCUGUGAUUACAAAAAAGCACCACACAUUUUGUCCGUCACAAGAAGUGUUCCAUAUCAUUAUGUGAGUCAGCCGUUCAUGUGUCGUCCCCUAGCGGCUGAAUCUCACUGAGACACGCCAGGCCACGCGAAAGGCCACUCAGCUGUGAUGGGUCACUAAGCUGUGAAGGGUCACUGAGCUGUGAUGGCUUUGGUUUAUGUAAAAUUGUUUUCUUUUUCUACAUGUGU